AUCAUGUCAAACCAUACAAACGGUACAAACGGUACAAACGGGCCACGAAACCAGCAAUUUCUCGCACAGUUCGCCCUUCCCUGGUUUUGGAACCCACGCAGCACAUCACGGUUCAGAUCCUGACAAGUGGGAUUUCGCCCCCAUUGUCCCUCCGAUCUCACUCUCCACCACCUUCAAGCAAAGUGCUCCUGGAGUUUGUCCGAAAUACGACUACUCUAGAGCAGGUAACCCGACCCGUACCGCGUUUGAGGAAUGUAUAGCAAAACUGGAGGGUGGCACCCACGCUAUGGCUACUAGCAGCGGCUUGGCGGCUACCAGUCUUAUCAUCAACCUUCUGAAGUCCGGAGAUCACAUUCUAUGCUGUGACGACGUUUAUGGAGGAACGAACAGAUAUUUCAACAAAGUGGUCUCUCGUUUUGGUAUUGAGAUUGACAUGGUGGACCCCACCGACUUGGUACACUACGAAACAAAAAUCAAGGACAACACUGCUCUUGUCUGGCUGGAAACGCCUACCAACCCAACGCUCAAGAUCUGCGACAUUAAAGCAAUUGUUGCAAUAGUGGAACGCAAAUUCGAAGGAAAAGAGAUGCCGAUCAUAGUUUCAGAUAACACAUUUGCUUCACCCUACUUCCAACGACCACUAGAGCUCGGGGCUACCUUAUCUCUCAGUUCGGUAACAAAGUACAUAAACGGACACACAGAUGUGUGCAUGGGAGUGAUCGCUACUAAAAACGAAGACCUCGCAGAACGGCUACGAUUCCUUCAGCUCGCUGUUGGCCCAGCCCCGUCACCAUUUGACUGUUACCUAGCUCUACGUGGAGCUCGUACUCUCCAUCUCAGAAUGAGGCAACAUGAGACCAACAGUUUGGCGGUUGCUAACUGGCUGGAGAAGGGAGAGAAAGCUAAAUAUGUCUCUAAAGUAAUACACCCUGGUCUGCCAUCUCAUCCUCAGCAUGAGCUUGCUAAACGCCAAAUGAAGGGAUUCAGUGGGAUGUGCUCCUUCGUGAUUCUGGGUGGAAUAGAAGAGGCAACUUUCUUGCAAUCCCUCAAGGUGUUUGCAUUAGCAGAAAGUUUGGGAGGUUACGAGUCCCUGGCUGAAUUACCAUCGGUGAUGACCCAUGCCUCUGUGCCAGCAGACCAAAGAGCGAAGCUUGGUAUUUCUGACAGCUUGAUUCGCCUGUCUGUAGGAAUCGAGGAACCAGAGGACCUAAUUGCUGAUCUGGCUCAAGCUUUUGACGUAGUGUACGCCAAGAAGCAAUGAACCUAGAAGUAGGUUAUGUAGCAAGAGUUGGUGAUCAUGUAGCAGGCUACUGUUGAAAGACCGACCUUGAAAGGUUGACACUUCGAUUUACUUUAAUUUAUACUGUAGCAUGUAGAGUGUAGUGUUAGUAAUAGUAAUACUUAAAUUAUUAACCGUAUUUAUCUUCUUCCUGAUUUAAUUUUGUAGAGUUUAGCAGAUGUAACACUAACAGGCCAUUAGAAAUAGUUACUGAUACAUUUGUGAGUUUUAGAAUUCUUUUGUUGCUGUAGUUAGGAAUGAUCCUAAGAUGCCGAACAGAUUUUUUUCUGUGCAAGGUAAUUGCAGAUUCCUGACCACUGUCUGCGUAAAUAGGUUUUAAUAAACAGUCAAUAAAUAGCUUUAUAAAACUAAAAAUUUUUCGUUAUUUUCGUCACAUUUAUUUUAUUUGAACUCACAAACUAUUCAUAAACGAAAUGUUAUUCAAAACUUUAGUAACUGUAAUAUUGUUAGGUUAUAAUAUAUCGUUGUUGUCAAA